GGCCCUUUCCUGUAUUCUCCUCCCCAGUUCUCUGCCUCGGCUAGCUCCAUCAAGGAUUUUUUUGUGAAAGGGAGAUAGAUGGUGAUGAUGGGGCAACUGGGGAGGUUUGUGGACGGGAUCAGGUCGAAGAUGCGGGUCGGCGGCGGGAAGAAGGGAGCUGCGGGGAAGAAGGCGGCGGCAGCGGCGGCGUACGACAAGAUGGGCAAGACGGACAGCAUGAGGGUGGAGAUCAAGAGCAGGCAGGCGCAGAAACUCAUCGCCAAGAACCUCGUCGCCGCCGAAUCCAUCGGCCGCAGGAGCAGGAACAAGCGCUUCUUCCUCGCCUUCUGAUCAGGAGAACGAGCUGUCCUUGUUCUUCAAAAAGGAGAGAUGUCAUGUCGUAGCCUGUCAACAUUUUAGACGGUACGAUUGCAAAUUAAGAAGGAAAAAGGGGGUGAUCACGGGGAGCUCUUUGAUCACAUACACAUGUAAAUGGUGAUAUCACCUCACCCGUGACCGUGAGCUUGAUAUUUGGCUUUCAGUUUUUUUUUACUUUAAUAAUCUUUGCAAACUGGGGUGUUAGUUCACAUCGUACCACUAGUCAUUCGCUCAUCUAUGUCUUUUUAA